CCCUGUAUUUUUGACUCAGUCGCCCCACACUUCAUCUUACUUUCUGCCAAGUCAAGGAGAAGAAGGAAAGUCGGGUGCUCCAAGGCUAGGGAGAGAACAAUGGCAAACACUCCACCAAAGUAUGAUGACCUUGGCAAAGAGUCCAGGGAUGUGUUUGGCAAGGGAUACGGAUUUGGAUCCGUCAAGCUUGAUUUAAAGUCAAAAACAAAGAAAGGAGUGGAAUUUAUAACUUCUGGUUCAUCGAACAACGACACAGGAAAGGUGCUUGGAAGUUUGGAGACAAAAUACAAGUAUACUGACUAUGGUGUUACCCUUGCCGAAAAGUGGACAACAGACAAUGUCCUGACCACACAAAUCACUGUAGAAGAUCAGAUAGCCAAAGGACUCAAGUUGGAAUUCGACACAAGUUUUGCACCUAACACUGGGAAGAAGUCGGCUAAGAUAAAGAGUGCAUACAAGCAGGAUUACUUCCAUGGUACUGGAGAUGUUGAUUUUGAUUUUGCUGGACCGACAGUACAAGCAUCAGCUGUUGUGGGAUAUGAAGGCUGGGUGGCAGGUUAUCAAGCUGCCUAUGACACUGCUAAGUCAAAGUUGAUUGGCAACAACUUUUCGUUUGGUUAUCGGUCAGAUGACUUCCACAUUCACUCAUCUGUGAAUGAUGCUUCUAGAUUCACUGGAUCAAUUUAUCACAAGAUCAACAGCAAUCUUGAGGCUGCUGCUCAGCUCAACUGGGCAUCUGGUAGCAGCAGCACGUCAUUCCAAGUUGGCUGCAAGUAUGAUAUAGACAAGGAUACAUCUAUUAGGACUAAGGUGAACAACACCAGCCAAGUAGGCAUGGCAUAUACCCAGCGCCUGCGUGAUGGAAUCAAGGUCACACUGUCCUCAUUGAUUGACACCAAGAAUCUCAAUCAAGGUGGACACAAGAUUGGUUUGGGUCUGGAUUUGGAAGCUUGAGAGAUGUACUGUGUACUGUUCUCUAACAAUAUGUAAACUGCCAGCUGACGCAGUAUACAUUGGAAUUUAGUGUUUUCAUUCAGUGUGGAAUAGCUUCUGAACUUCAUGGUAAAAUUAAGGCUGAAGUACGUGUAAAGUCAGGCUUGUAUGCAAUUGUUUUGUUUUGAAUAAACUUGAAAUUAAUGUG